GCUAGUUUAUUAAGUUGUUAGGUAUAAUUCUGGCAGUAUUUUGUUGCUAAAUAGCCUUCUGCAGCAAUAAAAUACGACUAUGCCAUUUGGAAAUAAUGUAAAGUGUUUCAAAAGGGCUGUUAUUGUGUUUUGUGUUUCAAUGCUAGUAGCUACAACAAAAGCAAUUCAAAACGUUUCCGGCAUCGUACCAGAUUAUAUUGAUAACAGAAAUGGAAGUUUAUCGGGACGAUUAAAUGGUGGACCAGACAUGGAAAAUACAGAAUUAACGGGUUUCCCAUUUGAGGAAGAAAUCUUUCGUUGCAUUUGUUCUUCCACUUUGGGUGGUUGCGAUGAAAACGGGAUGUGCAACACUUCUGGCCAGUGUUUCACAUUCAUGAACUCCGCUAAAUCGAGUGAGAACCAGAAGAAAGGUUGUUUCACUCAUAACCAAGGUCGAAUGCAAUGUUUAGAGAAAGGGAGUGUUGCCGUACAUUGCUGUAUUGGAGAUUUGUGUAACCAAGCAAGGAUAGAAACGGAAGAAAACAACACAAGCCACCUAGUGGUGAUAAUUAUCAGUGUUUUUCUCGGAUUUGUCUUUUUGUCGGCAAUCGCUGCUUUCUUUGUUCAUCGUAUGCAUGUUAGAAGGAUGCAGGAGCUGGAGAAGCAGAGAGAAGCUGGCAGAUUAGAAGGAGGGCUCCGCGCCACACGUGUUAAUGAAAGCACUCUUGCUGAUUGGAUGGAGUCGGCCACAUCUGGUUCCGGUUCAGGUCUUCCGUUCUUGGUCCAACGAACGAUGGCCCGUCAAAUACAACUCGUUAAUUGUAUCGGCAAAGGCAGAUACGGCGCUGUAUGGAAAGGAAUGUGGCAAGAUGAACCAGUUGCCGUGAAAGUAUUCGCAUCACGUGAUGAGCAAUCAUGGGCUCGUGAGACUGAGAUAUACAACACAGUAUUACUAAGACAUAGCAAUAUACUGGGAUAUAUCGCAUCGGAUAUGAUAUCCAGAAACUCUGACACAGAGUUGUGGUUGGUCUGUUACUACCAUCCUAACGGUUCAUUAUAUGAAUAUCUGCAACAUAAUGAAUUAGACCAUCAGCUCAUGUUACAACUUUGUCUAUCUGCUGCUAAUGGUCUCACACAUCUACAUACUGAUAUACUGGGUGUCUUCGGCAAAGCAGCAAUAGCACACAGAGACGUUAAAAGCAAAAACAUUUUGGUGAAAAGUGAUCUGACUUGUUGCAUCGCUGAUCUAGGGUUGGCAGUUACUCAUAAUCCCGAAGAAGGAAAAAUUGUGAUUCCUAAAAAUAAUCACAGAGUUGGAACCAAACGUUAUAUGUCGCCCGAGGUAUUGGACGAAUCCCUAAGCACAU